UUUAAAUCACCUAAGAUUGGUUACAGCUGUGGUGAUAUUUUUCUCAAGUCCCAGAGCACGUCCGCAGUUUCCAAAACUGUCGAAAGCCUAAAAUGGACAGCAAACUACCAAGAACCAAUUCUCGCUGGAUUCUCGUCCUUCUCAUGAUUUCCACACUCCCACACUUUUUGUACAGCACACCGUCCAGCCACUUCUCCACGCGGGGCAGGACUCAUGGUAACAUGAAGCCUCAGCUGACCGCGGUCCAACCGGAGCCAGGCACGGGGCUCAGUUUGCGGCCCCAGUCCGUCGUGGUGAGCUGCUACCCGGGCUGGAUGCAGGUUGUGGUGCAGGCUGACAUGUUUGAUACGGGCCUCCAGGUGGAAGGCACACACCUGCGCCUGGGCUCAGGCUCACUGAGUGAAGGAAGUGCUUGCGGAGCAGUCCCGUCAGGUGAGGCGGAGUUCACCAUCCAGGCCCACCUGAGCGACUGUGGAACUAAACUCUCAUCGACAAGAGAGAAGAUUAUCUAUUCUAACGUUCUGGUCUACUCACCUGAACCUUCAUCUGGUGGUUUGCUUAGACUGGCUGGGGCAACUAUUCCAGUUGCAUGUCAUUAUGAAAAGAGGAAUGCUGUCAAUGGCAUUUCCCUGCUUCCCAUCUGGGUUCCUUCUGUCUCCAGGAUCUCUGCAGAGGAUCACAUAGACUUCAAUCUGCUAAUCAUGACUGAAGAUUGGCAGUUUGAGAAGGGAUCGUAUUCUUACUUUCUUGGCGACCCCAUUCACUUUCAAGUCUCUGCCGUCAUUGGCAACCACAUUCCCCUGCGAGUUUAUGUUGACCACUGUGUUGCCACAGCAACUCCUGAUGCAGAGACUACAAAAAGAUAUGACUUCAUUGAAAAUCACGGAUGUCUUGCCGACACUUACCUUACAAACUCCAACUCCCGUUUCCUGCCACGAAUUGAAGAGCACAAGCUUAGGUUUCAGUUGGAGGCCUUCAGGUUCUACCAGGAGAACAGCAAUCAGCAGGUCUACAUAACCUGCUACGUUAAGGCUGUUCCAGCCGAGUUAACUGUCAGCUCUCAAAACAGGGCCUGCUCUCUGAUUAACAACAGAUGGUGGUCAGUUGACGGGAAUGACCAGGCAUGUAGAAGCUGCGAUGUCUCCCAUCAGGUUGCUCAGCCUCUGCCCACAGCGCGCCCCAAAACUACCAUCAGAACGAAAGCAUGGCCCUCCAAGACUUCACAGCAGAGUUCAGUCCAGAGCAGACCUGAACAACACCCAGACAAUUAUUACCGCUUUCCUCCAAGUACGCACCAGAGCCAACGCAGCAAACCUCAACAAUCCUCUGCCGGAGUGACAAAAAGGGGGUCGGAGUACAAUGCAGAUCGCACUGUCCAGCUGGGACCCAUUACUGUCCUGCCACCCCACAAAACUGACAAGACCAUCAGAUUCUAAAGCCUUACUUUUACCAAAGACCAGGACCACCAGCGAGGAUAGCACAGUUGAAGCUGAGGAUGUGAGGG